AUGGCCGCCAAUGGCACACCAAGUUACUACCAGAAUGCGAUGGCCCAAAUCGAAGCGAAAUCCCCAUAUCCUCAGACACGAGAUCUUCCUGAAGAGAUCAACACCACGGCUCGCCAGGUCCCGUCCGUCCGUCCUCCCGCCACAUUCCUCCCCACCGACGACCAGUUGUUUGCCACGGAUUCGCGUGGACGGCGAAAGCCCAAUCACGAGUUCAUCCGUGAACACUUCUUGCGCGAAGGACGACUACGCGAAGAACAUGUCAUGUCGAUCUUGCGCCAGGCCACUGAUUUGUUGUCAUCGGAGGCGAAUGUGUUGAAGGUGAAGAGUCCAGUUACAGUGGUUGGUGAUAUACACGGUCAAUAUUAUGACUUGAUGAAGAUCUUCGAGGUCGGAGGAAGCUGGAACGACAACAACUAUCUCUUCCUCGGUGACUACGUUGAUCGUGGAUGCUUCGGUAUCGAGUGUUUAUUGUACCUCUACGUGCUGAAGUUAUGGUAUCCCGAGAAGAUCUUCCUCAUGCGAGGAAACCACGAGUGUGCACAUCUCACGGAGUAUUUCACGUUCAAGCGCGAAUGCCUACACAAAUAUUCCGAAAAGGUGUAUCAGGCGUGUUGCGAGUCAUUCAACGCUCUGCCCAUAGCUGCGCUUCUGGACAGCAAGUUCUUCUGUGUGCACGGAGGAAUCUCGCCGGAGUUGAACACGCUCUCUGAUCUGGACCGCCUCAACCGCUUUCAAGAGCCCGGUAGCUUCGGUCUAUUGUGUGAUCUUCUAUGGUCAGAUCCUAUCCCGAACUUCGGGCAUGAGACCGAACCCAGCCAGAAUGGACCAGGCGUUGCGCCUGGUACUCUCUGGCUGAAUAACGAUGUCCGCGGCUGUUCAUACUUCUUCACAUAUGAAGCUGUCAUCAAGUUCCUCGAGAGGAAUAACCUUCUCGGCGUCAUUCGCGGUCACGAAGCACAGGAUGCUGGAUACACCAUGUUCCGCAAGACGCCUACAAAGAAGUUUCCCUCAGUCAUCACUGUCUUCUCUGCGCCGAACUACCUCGACGUCUACCACAACCGUGGCGCCGUGCUCAAGUAUGCGAACAAGAACAUCACGAUCCGGCAAUAUCACGCUCGCCCACAUCCCUACUGGCUACCCAACUUUAUGGACGCUUUCACAUGGAGUCUGCCGUUCGUCGGGCAAAAGAUUGUCGAUGCGUUGCUCGCUAUUCUGAAGGUAUGCUCCGAGGAAGAGCUGGAGGAUAUUUCUUCGGAUGAGGAAGAGGCAGAAGGUGCCGGUGCUGCGUCUGAGUCGGAUCUCGCCGCUCGCAGGCAAGAGAUCAAGAACAAGAUCCUCGUCGUGGGCAAGAUGCAACGACUCUUCCAGAUUCUUCGCUUCGACGAUGCUCGCCGUUUCGAUGUGGCCAACGAGCGCUUGCCCGAGCAACCACCCGCGCCUACGGCGUACCCUGGUCUUGCUGCGCCGUCUAUGCGCGCUCCUCUUAUGACCCACUUGCAACAAAGAGCGGGUACGCCAACUCGCAGCGGCGCAUCCACUCCCUCGGAAGAGGCCAGUACCACUCCGACGGAUGUACCAGGCGCGUGGCCGGGUACUAUGGAGGAACUCAUACGGCGCACUCUGAACGAUGACGACGAAGGUGGCGUAGUCGAACGCCUCGCGGAACGCAUCUCGCGCUCUCGCAGGCCAACAGGGAAGCCUCGCCCAUUAAAGAGGCAUGAAACGACUUGA